UUGAGCUUAUGAUUUUUUGAAGAUCACACACACAUAUAUAUGUAUAACUAAUUUUGCACCCUUCUUUCUCGCGGGUUGCAAUCCAUCCGUGAAAUGUCCCCAAUUUCACUGAUCGGAAGAAAUUUCUAAGACGGUAGCUUCAAAUUUUGGGAAUUUGCUAAACCCUACCUUCAUACAUCGGAGUUUCAACAUACCCUUCAUCCACUUCAAACUCUACAAUUUCAAAUUUCCGUAAAUGAGUUCCGCAAAAAAGCAUUACAAGGAUAAAUUUGCUCGUCACAAGGAGGAGAAAACUGAAGAACCGGAAACCCCAAAAUACAGAGACCGAGCUAAAGAACGAAGAGAAGAUCAAAAUCCUGAUUAUGAACCCACGGAGUUGGGUUUUCAUGCUGUUGCCCCUCCUGGGACUGUUGACAUUCGGGCGGCUGAUGCACACAAGUUAUCCAUUGAGAAGAGCAAGUACCUUGGAGGGGACGUUGAGCAUACCCACUUGGUGAAAGGUUUAGAUUAUGCCUUGCUCAAUAAAGUAAGAAGUGAGAUUGACAAGAAGCCAGAUGCUGUAGGUGAUGCUGAAGGGAAGGCCAGUGCACCCAAGGAAGAUCAACAAGUGUUGUUUCGCACUGCAACAGCAAAGUCUGUAUACAAAUGGAUCGUCAAGCCCCAGACGGGCAUUAAGUCAAAUGAGACGUUCCUUCCUGGUAGAACAUCAUUUAUUUAUAACAUGGAGGGUGGAUAUUCUCACGAUAUUCCAACUACCUUGCACAGAAGUAAAGCUGACUGUCCAGUGCCAGAGGAAAUGGUAACUGUCAAUGUUGAUGGUUCUGUCUUAGAUCGAAUUGCUAAAAUUAUGUCAUAUCUUCGUCUUGGAUCCUCAGGGAAGGUUUUAAAGAAGAAAAAGAAGGAUAAAGAUGUAAAAGGGAAGAUUUCAUCUAUUGUUAAUGAAUAUGUUGGCAUCAAUAAGCCAUCUACACUUGAUACUGGCGUGCCAAAGAAGCAAAUGGAAAGAGAGAUGUUGCCCCCUCCACCUCCUCUUAAGAAAAAUCAGAUAGUUUUAAAGGAGAAGCAAGGGCCAGUUGUCACAAGAGUAGAAGAUGAUGAUAUUUUUGUCGGCGCCGGCGUUGAUUACACUGUUCCUGGUAAGGACCUGAGCCAGAGUCCUCUUUCGGAAGACAUGGAAGAAUCUCCUCGAAAUAAGGAGAAACCUAGUUAUUUCUCUGAACCUGCUUAUGGGCCGGUCCCACCCUCUGGACCACCUCAGGAAUGGCAAGAAACAAAUGGAUAUGGAGUGAUGCAACCUCAAGCGUUUCCUGCUGGCUACCAAGGAGAGUGGCAGGACUACCAAUAUUCUGAACAACUGGCUUAUUCGGAACAGUACCUUCAGCUCAACAUGCAGGCAUAUGAUAUGCAAACAGGAGCGAACAUUCAACAGGAUCCCCGACUCAUGACUCAAGAAGAGAAAGAUAGGGGUCUAGGCUCGGUGUUCAAGAGAGACGAUCAGAGACUACAACAACUGAGAGAGAGAGAUGCACGAGAGAAGGAUCCCAACUUCAUAUCAGAGAGUUAUUCUGAAUGUUACCCUGGAUAUCAAGAGUAUAACCGUGAAAUCGUGGACAGUGACGAUGAAGAUGACUUAUCAAAAAUGGACAUGGGAGGCCGGGCAAAGGGCCGCCUCCACCGGUGGGACUUUGAAACAGAAGAGGAGUGGGCAAAGUACAAUGAGCAGAAGGAGGCCAUGCCAAAAGCUGCAUUCCAAUUCGGUGUGAAGAUGCAAGAUGGUCGGAAGACACGAAAGCAAAACAAGGACCAGAAACUCAACAAUGAACUGCAUAAGAUCAACAAGAUACUAGCAAAAAAGAAAAUGGAGAAGGAAAUGAAUGGAGAUGAUGAAGACAUACAACCUGGAAAGAAGAUUAGAGUUUGAAUUGGUUGGCAAUGGAAAUAGAUGGAAAGAUGUGUAUUUUUUGGACUUUCCAUCACUCGAGAAAAACGAAAAACGUAGAAGUUGGCAUUAUAUGUGUUCUCAUCUAAAGUUCUUUCGUUGGAGAAGGAAUUUUGUCAUAUUAGAUUAUCCUUUAUAAUUCAAGAAAGGCAAUCACCUCCCGCCUAUUUUUAAUGGAGGUUAUAAUGUUUUAUAUUAUUAUUAGUUUAUUAGCCUUUA